AUGAACUUCAUGAACUGCAGAGAGAACAGCCUCUCCGAGAUGCCAAUCCUGGUGGGAUCUCUGAGCAGCUUCACAGAGAAGAAAGGCUAUAGAUGUCCUGAAUGUGGGAGAGCCUUCAGCUCCAAGUCCUACCUUACUCAGCACUGGCGGAUCCACACAGGGGAGAGACCCUAUGAAUGCAGUGAGUGCACAAGGGCCUUCAGCCAGAGGGCAAACCUUACUCAGCAUCAAAGAAUUCAUUCUGGAGAGAAACCAUACAAGUUUGAGGACUGUGACAAAGCUUUCAGGUGGAGCUCCUCCCUCCGGGAGCACCAGAUCACCCACAGUGGCAGGAAGCCAUUUCUCUGUAACAAAUGUGGGAAAGGCUUCAGCAAACGCUCAGCCCUCCUCUCCCAUCAGAGGAUUCACACUGGCGAGAAACCCUAUCAGUGCAAUGAGUGUGGGAAGGCCUUUAGUGAUCAGUCAUUCUUCAGCCAGCACCGGAGGAUCCACAGUGGGGAGAAACCUUACGGAUGCAGUGAAUGUGGAAAGGCCUUUAGCUGGGCCUCAUCCCUUAAUCUCCACCAGAAAAUUCAUACAGGAGAGAAACGCUACAAAUGCAGUGACUGUGAGAAGACUUUCCGCUGCAGCUCCUCCCUCAGCCUCCAUCAGAGAACUCACACUGGGGAGAGUCCCUCCACGUGUAAGCAGUGCGGGGACGCCUUCAGGUACCGCUCCUCUCUAACCAAGCACGAGUGGACCCACAGCAUCAAGACACCCCGUGAGUGUAAGGAAUGUCUAAAAGCCUUUAGUUGUGAUUCAUCCCUUAAAGUACAUCGGAGGAUCCAUACCAGGGAGAAAUCCUACGCAUACAGUGAGGACCCCACGUCCGACGCGGGCCCCUUCCCUACCCCCACGGAAGGCGCCUCCCAACCCCCACCCCAGCCUCGACCGCCGCGGCGUCGCCCCUCAAGGACGCCCCUCAAGGACGCCCGCGCCGCCGCCCUGGGCUUCUCGCGCCCUCAGGCGUGCCUGCCCCUCGCCCUCGCGUCUCCUCCGACCACCUCGCGAUCGGACUUCGCGCCCAAGCCGCGACGCAUGCGUCCUGCCGCGCGUCUGCGCAUGCGCUCUGCCGGGCUGCGCGAGCGGGCGUGUCGAAAUCCCGGCCUCUCGUCGCUGGUUCCGCUGGGGGCGCUCGAGGCCGCGGCUGGACGGGGAGGAGCAGAGAGGGAAGAAGGCCCUGGCGCCGGCGUGGCCUUCCUCCCUGAGAUGCUCUUAUUCGCUGAGGAUUUUGAUAAAAGAUCCAAACCGGGGCCCACUCAGGACCUUCUGCAACAAUGGUGGUACGGCUUCUCCCCCGUGUGGAUUCUCUUGUGCUCCGUCAAGGAGGAGCUGCGGCCAAAGGAUUUGUCACACUCGCUGCACUGGUACGGCUUCUCCCCUGUGUGCACCCUCCGCUUCGCCGGAACACCGCGGUCGCGGGGAAGCGACAGCCACGGGCUGUCCUCUCUGCCUGGAGUCCAAACCAGCAAGGGCUUCCUCCAGGGCAGCCAUGCGGCCCUCAUUCACCACUACGUCAUCCACACUGGGGAGAAGCCGUUUGAGUGCCUGGAGUGCGGGAAGGCCUUCAACCACAGGUCGUACCUCAAGAGGCACCAGAGGAUCCACACUGGGGAGAAGCCCUAUGUGUGCGGUGAGUGUGGAAAGGCCUUCACCCACUGCUCUACUUUCAUCUUGCACAAAAGGGCCCACACUGGAGAAAAACCCUUUGAGUGCAAAGAAUGUGGGAAAGCCUUUAGCAAUCGUGCAGACCUCAUCCGACACUUCAGCAUCCACACUGGGGAGAAGCCCUACGAGUGCACGGAGUGCGGGAAGGCCUUCAACCGCCGGUCAGGGCUCACGAGGCACCAGCGGAUUCACAGCGGAGAGAAGCCCUAUGAAUGUGUCGAGUGUGGGAAAACCUUCUGCUGGAGCACCAACCUCAUCCGACACGCCAUCAUCCACACCGGAGAGAAGCCCUAUGAGUGCAGUGAGUGUGGGAAAGCCUUCAGUCGCAGCUCGUCCCUCACUCAGCAUCAGAGGAUUCAUACUGGGAGAACCCCUGUCCGUGUAACCGAAGUGGGAAGACCCUUCACGAGCGGGCAGUCCUCAGUCAACCUUCAAGAGCUCCUGUUGGGGAAAGACUUCUUGAAUGUAACCACUGAGGAAACUUCUUACUCAGAAUCUGAUCGUUCAUACCAAAGAGAACCCCCUCAGUUUCCUUCCCGAUGAGAAACCCUCUGUUGCAGGACAUCAUUUGUCAUCUGAGGAGUCAGACGGGAAAGUUAUCCCAUCUGGAGCCUUACCCUGCAUCUGAGAAUUCAUCCAGGGAGAGACCCAGUGAUUAUGUGCACAUAGGAAAACCUCCAGCUACAUGUUUUUCCUUGUUUUACACUGCAGUAAUA